ACUUACUCGUCCCAAACCGUUCCUUCUCUUUUAACACUUGUUCUUUUAAAAGCAAAGUCUCGAGCGACAGAGAUAGAGAGAUCUGAGUUUCUCUUCUUCGAGAUCUGAUCGCCGAAUCUCAUAAUCUCUCUUCGACGCCGCAAAAUGGAGACUUUCCUAUUCACAUCCGAGUCUGUGAACGAGGGACACCCAGACAAGCUCUGUGACCAGAUCUCUGAUGCAGUCCUCGAUGCCUGCCUUGAACAAGACCCUGACAGCAAAGUUGCUUGUGAGACUUGCACCAAGACCAACAUGGUCAUGGUCUUUGGUGAGAUCACUACCAAGGCUACUGUUGUCGAGAAGAUUGUCCGUGACACCUGUCGCGCCAUUGGAUUUGUCUCUGAUGAUGUUGGUCUUGAUGCUGACAAGUGCAAAGUCUUAGUCAACAUUGAGCAACAGAGCCCAGACAUUGCUCAAGGAGUUCAUGGUCACUUCACCAAAUGUCCUGAAGAUAUUGGAGCCGGUGACCAAGGCCACAUGUUUGGUUACGCUACUGAUGAAACCCCUGAGUUAAUGCCCCUGAGCCAUGUUCUUGCCACCAAGCUCGGUGCUCGCCUAACAGAAGUCAGAAAGAAUGGUACUUGCGCUUGGCUAAGACCCGACGGCAAAACCCAAGUCACUGUUGAGUACUACAACGAUAAGGGUGCCAUGGUCCCAAUCCGUGUCCACACAGUCCUCAUCUCCACCCAACACGAUGAAACUGUGACCAACGACGAAAUUGCCCGUGACCUUAAGGAGCAUGUCAUCAAGCCGGUCAUCCCAGAGAAGUACCUAGACGAGAAAACCAUCUUUCACUUGAACCCAUCAGGCCGAUUCGUCAUCGGUGGACCCCAUGGAGAUGCUGGUCUCACCGGGCGUAAGAUCAUCAUUGACACUUACGGUGGAUGGGGAGCUCACGGAGGCGGUGCAUUCUCUGGCAAAGACCCAACCAAGGUCGACAGAAGCGGAGCCUACAUUGUGAGACAAGCAGCUAAGAGCGUUGUGGCUAACGGGAUGGCUCGUAGGGCUCUUGUUCAGGUCUCAUACGCCAUUGGAGUCCCUGAGCCAUUGUCUGUCUUUGUGGACACUUACGAGACUGGUUUGAUUCCAGACAAGGAGAUACUAAAGAUUGUGAAGGAGAGCUUCGACUUCAGACCAGGAAUGAUGACAAUUAACCUUGACCUAAAGAGAGGAGGAAACGGAAGGUUCUUGAAAACUGCGGCGUACGGACACUUCGGAAGGGACGACCCUGACUUCACCUGGGAAGUCGUCAAGCCACUCAAGUGGGACAAACCUCAAGCUUAAAUUUUACCUACUCUGUUUCUAUCUUCCUUCCGCAAACCAAUUAUCUUCUCACGUUUUUAUUUCUCUGUUUUUGUUUUUUAAUGUGGUUAUGUAUCAUUGUACUUGAGCUAUUUCAAUUGGGUGUUUGUUUUUUUAUGGCGACUUUUACAUGGGUUGUAGUAAGUUUCAUGUUGUUCUUAUAUAAUUAUCCAUGAAAAAUUAAUAUAAACUAUGUGUCAUGAAA